CCGCCGCUUGCGACUUGCGAUAACAGUUCCUAUAUAUCAUAUAUGUCCAACAAGGUUAUGUAUGUCUGAGUAUUGACAGGUUUCCUUCAGUUAAUUGCUCAUUUCAUUGUGAUAAUGUGAAUUGUGUAGUGAUUAAAUUAAAAUUUUUAUCAAACUUGAACAUAAUGGCCUUCAUGCAGAAAUAUCGUACAUGGGUGACAGAACGUGCGAGGCAGGUGAAUAAUGCUCAAGAGGAACAACUCCUGAAUGACAUACUACUAGUUGUCAUUGUGCAUGAAAUAUUGCGGAUGAAUUCAGAGGAGAAAAAGAAACGGAUCUACAAAAAAAAGCGUUUUUGGGUACAUCCUAUAUUUAGAUUGAGAAAUAAGUAUGGGUUUUACCAUGCAAUAUAUCCAACUCUAUCGAGGUAUAAACCUAAGUUUAAAAACUAUAUGCGGAUGUCAUUAUCGCAAUUUGAGGACCUGCUGAAUUUGGUUGCACCUCAUAUCACAAAACAGAAUGUGACUCGAGAUCCCAUACCUGCUGCAACACAAUUAUCUAUGACAUUAAGAUACUUGGCUACUGGUGAUUCAAUGAACUCCAUGUCAUACCAGUAUCUUGUUGGAACUACGAUAGUGUCAAACAUUAUUGCCGAGACAUGUGCAGCAUUAUGGGAUUGCCUUGCUAAAAAAGCAAUCUGUUAA